GGCGUUGCCGGGCGGGGCCUGAGGGCCGCCCAUGGCCGCGGCCUCGGGCCAUGGCGGAGCCGCCGCCCGGAGCCGCCGCACCGCGGGGCCGCGGCCGGGCCUGGGAGCGCGGCGGCUCCGCGCAGGACGGUGAGAACGGCACGGAGCCCUCCGGCACCGCUCACAACGGUUCGGGCACGGAGCUCCCUGGGCCCGCUUUGAACGGUUCGGGCACGGAUGCCCCCGGCCCCAUUCACAACGGUUCGGACACGGAGCCUCCCGGUCCUAAUGAGGACGGGCCGGGCACGGAGCCCGCCAGCCCCGCUGAGGACGGGCCGGGCACGGAGCCCCCCAGCCCCGCUCAGAACGGUUCGGACACGGAGCCCCCCAGCCCCGCUGAGGACGGGCCGGGCACGGAGCCCCCCAGCCCUGAGGAGGACGCGGCUCCCCCGCUGGGGCCGGAGCUGUCGCUGGUGCCGCCGGAGCUCCGCGCGCGGCUGCUGGACCGGCGGGACUACCGGGGCCGUGCCCAGGCCGUGGAGCAGCUGCGGCGGGCGGUGGAGGGCUGCAGCCCGGCCGCGCUGAGCGCCGCGCCCGCCGCCGCGCUGCUGGGGCUGAUCGCGCUGCUGGACGCGCUGCUGCACGACCCCAACUUCGCGGUGGCGCGGGGCGCGCUGGAGGUGACCCGGCUGCUGGCGCUCCGCCUCGGCCGCCGCGUCCCCGCCGUGCUGGCCCCGCUGGUGUGCGCGGCCGCCCGGGCGCUGGGGGACGCGCAGCCGGCCAUGCGGCGGGACAGCGGGCGGCUGCUGCUGCGGCUGAUGGCGGCGGCCGGCCCGCGGCCCGUGCUGCGCCUGCUGCUGCAGGAGCGGCUGCUGCGGCACCGCAGCGCCCGGCUCCGCGAGGAGCUGCUCAACACGUGCAUCGCCGCGCUGCUCACCUACCCCGCCGCACAGCUGGACCUGCCCCAGCUGGCGGCCGCCCUGGCCCCGGCGCUGCUGGACGCCAAGCGCAGGGUCCGGCACGCUGCCAUGGAGGCGCUGGCCGCGCUGGGCUCGGCCCUGGGCCCCGGCAACGCCGGCGCGCUGCUCCGAGCCCUGGAGGCGGUGGAGCUGCGGGCCGGCGGAGCGGGGGUCGUGCACGCCGUGCAGGCCCGGCUGGCCAGGAAGGUGCUGCCCCGGCUGGGCGAGCAGGGACUGGUGGAGUACGGAGUGCCCUCGCCCUCCUGCGGGCACUGCCGCGGGCCGUGCCAGCCGCCCGGAGCCGACACCGAGUGGCUGCUGAUGGGCAGCAGGAGCCGGAGCGCCCACGGGCACUGCGGGCACCCCGCCUGUGCCCAGCGCCGAGCCAGCCCCAGGAGAGUCCUGAGCGCCGGCAGAGGCAAAAACAAGCUGCCCUGGGAGAACGAGCCGGCUGCGGACGGGGAAGGUGGCUCGGGGGUGAGGAUGCCCGUCACGAAGGGUGUGGAGCAGCUGGCUGCAUCCAGUGAUUUCCUUCACUCCCCGAAGCUCCGUCCCUCGCAGGGAAUCCCGGGCAGUGAGGAGCUGUUUCCCAGCAGGAACAGAACUUCCAGACCUCCACUGCAGCCCAGUGUGGAGCUGAACCUGGAGCAUUCUGCACUCGCUGCUGGUGCUCUGGGCUCUCACCAGCCCCAGAUUUCAGGGAAAUGUGGGACACUUGGACACCCCCAGGCACGUGGGAAGAGUGGCAGUGUGGGCUCUGAUUUGCAGUUUUUGGGAUUAAAUAACUGUCAGCAGGACAAAGUUUAUUCCAGCCUCAGUUUUUCCAGCAAGACCCAGAGGACUUUUUGCACUCAGGCAGAGCCCACCACGUCCUUCCAAGGUCCCAGUGCCAGCCAGGGCACCUUCAUCCUGCCCUCCUUCCCCCUGUCAUCCCCCAGGAACAGCCCCAAGCUGCUCUCUGCUCCUGCUGCCUCUCCAGGGAAGCCCCAGGAGGAUCCCAGGAGCCUCUCCAGCUCCUGGCCCCUCAAAAGCUUCCAGGGGCUGCCUAAGCCUGCUUGCCAGAGGCAGCUGCUCAGCCAAAAGCCAGGAGACAGCACAGGAGACAGCCCGCUGGAGAAGCAUUCCCUGCAGCUGGAGAAGCAUUCCCUGCAGCUGGAGAAGCCUUCCCUGCAGCUGGAGAAGCCCCCCCUGCAGCUGGAGAAGCAUUCCCUGCAGCUGGAGAAGCAUUCCCUGCAGCUGGAGAAGCCCCCCCUGCAGCUGGAGAAGCCCCCUCUGCAGCUGGAGAAGCAUUCCCUGCAGCUGGAGAAGCAUUCCCUGCAGCUGGAGAAGCCCCCCCUGCAGCUGGAGAAGCCCCCCCUGCAGCUCGAGAAGCCUUCCCUGCAGUUAGAGAAGCAUUCCAUGCAGCUGGAGAAGCCCCCUCUGCAGCUGGAGAAGCAUUCCCUGCAGCUGGAGAAGCAUUCCCUGCAGCUGGAGAAGCCCCCCCUGCAGCUGGAGAAGCCCCCCCUGCAGCUCGAGAAGCCUUCCCUGCAGUUAGAGAAGCAUUCCAUGCAGCUGGAGAAGGCCCCCCUGCAGCUGGAGAAGCCCCCCCUGCAGCUGGAGAAGCAUUCCCUGCAGCUGGAGAAGCAUUCCCUGCAGCUGGAGAAGCCCCCCCUGCAGUUAGAGAAGCCCCCCCUGCAGCUGGAGAAGCCCCCCCUGCAGCUGGAGAAGCCCCCCCUGCAGCUGGAGAAGCAUUCCCUGCAGCUGGAGAAGCAUUCCCUGCAGCUGGAGAAGCCUUCCCUGCAGCUGGAGAAGCCCCCCCUGCAGCUGAGGGCUGGCCUGGGCAGGGUCCCGGGGGCGCUGCGGGGGUCCCGGCCCGUGCCCCCCAUCCCGCGCCUGCCCCGGGAGGGCAGCGAGGGCUCGGAGCUGCAGCCGGAGCCUGAGGAGGUGGACCAGGAAGAGAUGCAGAAUUCCCUGCGCUCCCUGCGGAACAGCGCGGCCAAGAAGAGGGCAAAGCUGAGCAGCAGCAUCGCCGACCUGGAGAGCCCCGACUCGGGGGUGAAACUGGAAUUUUCCGGGGAUUGCUCCUCCCAGGGCUCCUCCCCCGGAGCCGCUUCCACCGGCGAGAGCGGAAUUUCCAGCCAGGAAUCACCCGGCUCCCCCGUGGCCACGCUGCCCCCCAGGAGGAGAGUGAUGUCAGACACUUUUCCAGCACUUGGCAGCAAAUCCCACCCUGCAAAAGUAUCUCCAGCAAGGCCCAGAGACGCAGAGGGGGCAGAGCAUCACCCCAGCACAGGCCUUGCAGAGUCAGUGCCUGGUUUUGCACCGAAGAAUGAUCUGGGGUUCACACCUGAAGACGUGGUUGCUGUUGUUGGUAAAGGUGUUUUUGGGAGCUCUCCUGCCCCAGCUCCCAGCCAGUCCAUGCCCUGUGUGGCCAAUGGGGACACCCAGGCUGCCAGGGAGGGAGCAGAGCCAGCCCCAGGGAGAAGCUUCCAGCAGAACAGCACUUCCCAUUCCCACUGCCAUGCAGGGAAUGAGGGAGAGAUAAAAGUGACCUUGUCAAAAUCUGCUCAGGAGAAGCUGAGGAAGAAAAGGAAAGAAGACAGAGAACACAACCAUAAAGAGCAGGAAAGCAAAGACUUGGAAGGGAAGGAAGAAUUCCCUUGGGAAAGGAUUAGACUGAGUAUGAGUGAACCAGAGAAACUCACAGCAGAAAGGUUUAAUCUCUGUGGAGAUUUAUUGACAUCGCCAAGAAAUGGAUCUUUGUCCUUAGAAAAUGUGGCCUUGAACCCUUCCCUGAAAAGAACAUCCAGUUUGAAGAGAUCAAAGUGUUCAUCCUUGCUAGAUUCUGAGGAGCCGCGGGGCCGCUGCCGGGAGCCGCCGGUGCCGCCGAGCCCCGAGGUGCUGGACCCCACCGAGCUGCAGCCCUUCCCCAGGCCCGAGGCAGCGCUGGCAGAGGCGCUGGCACUGCUGGCUGACCACGACUGGGAGAAGAAAAUUGAAGGUCUGAACUUUGUCAGGUGCUUGUCUGCCUACCAUGCCCCUAUUCUGACUGCAAAGCUCCAUGAAACAACUCUGGCUGUGGCUCAAGAGGUCAAGAAUUUACGCUCAGGUGUUUCUCGAGCUGCUGUGGUCUGUUUAGGGGAUUUGUUCACCCACCUGAAAAAGAGCAUGGAUCAAGAACUAGAUAAUGCAGUAAAAGUCCUUUUGCACAAAGCUGGGGAAUCCAACACUUUUAUAAGGGAAGAGGUAGACAAGGCACUGAAGGCCAUGGUUAAUAAUGUGACUCCAGCACGUGCACUUUGUUCUCUUAUAAAUGGAGGGCAAAGCCACCUGCACUCAGCCGUGAGGAGAUGCACGGCGCAGCACCUGGGGGACGCCGUGCAGCGCCUGGGCCCCGAGCGCAUCCUGGGGGGAGCCCGGCCCGCGGCCGAGCGGCUGCUCCCCGCCAUCGCCAGGUUCACCCAGGACAGCUCCCAGCAAACACGGUACUACGGGCGGAGGAUGCUCUUCAUCAUGAUGGCUCAUCCUGACUUGGAUAAAACCCUGGAGAAGUUUGUGCCAGCCAAGGAUUUGCCUUACAUUAAGGAAACUGUUGGCACUCUACGAGAGAAGGGCCUGGGGGAGAUGCCCUUGGAUACACCCUCAGCCAAAGGAAGGCGUUCCCAGACUGGAAAUGUUGGACAUUUGAGGUCAUCCUCCACUUGCAGAGAUGCUCCCAUCAUCCCAGACAGGGACGGCACAGAGGCCCCGGAAGCCCCAAGGAGAGCAGCUCCUCGCAGUGCCCUGGAGAGUGAGGAGUAUGUCAGGGACAUUGUGGGGUUACUGAACGCCAAAGAUUUCCGGGAGCGCAUCAGCGGCGUCCGGCAGCUGCUGCUGGACACGGAGAGCAGCCCAGCCCUGGUGCUCGCCAACGUCGUCAGGAUCUUUGACGCUUUCAAGCCUCGCUUACACGACUCCAACAGCAAAGUGAACCAGGCAGCUUUGGAGACCAUGCACAAGAUGAUUCCACUGCUCAAAGACAAUUUAUCACCUGUGAUCAACAUGUUAAUUCCUGCCAUAGUGGACAACAACCUCAACUCCAAAAAUCCAGGGAUUUAUGCAGCUGCCACAAACGUUGUCCAGGCCCUAUGUCAACACUUAGACACCUCCCUGCUCCUGCAGCCAUUCUGCACAAAAGCCCAGUUCCUGAGUGGAAAAGCAAAGCAGGACCUGACAGAAAAGCUGGCUGAGCUGGUGCCGGAGCUGUACCCACGGAAGCCCUGUGCUGUGGAGCAGAAGGUGCUGCCCGUGCUGUGGCACCUGCUGGGCCCGGCCAGCGGCGGCUCCGUGCCCGGGCCCCGCACGGCCGCGGCCAGCCUGGCCCGGGCCCUGUGGGCACAGAUGGGCCCCGGGCUGCUCGCCCACGCCGCGGCACAGCCCCCGCACAUCGGCAAGAGCCUGGAGGAGCUUUUGGAGAUGUAAAAUCGCCGCUCCUGAAGAGGCUCCAGCCCAGGACGUGUCCCUGGAUUGCUUGUGAAGAACCACACGGUCACAUCAGCAAUGUGCUUCACGUGGAAAAGUGGAAGAGGAUCCUGGACACUGAUGCAGUGCUAUUUGUGAAAAACAUGUAUUUUUAUACCCCCACAGGCAGUGGUGCAGUAUUUGUUGUCUCAGAGCUUGGCAGUGAGGAGAAUGAGCCCUGACCCUUCUCCUUCCCCAGCUGCAGGCUCUGGACACACUGGACAUGGGACACAAUGGGAUAUAUAAAUAAAGGGAUUUAUUUCUGUA